UGGAGAAUUUACAUUCUAAGCCGGUGCGGCGUGUGUGGUCCGCGCUCGGUGCUCUUCGUGCCGGUCCGUCGCGGCGGCCAUUCGGGGUUCUUGCGCCGCGCAGAGCACUCGUGCGCACAGUGUUCAGCCAGACGCCGCAGUCGUCACUCGCGGGCCAAAUAUUCACCAAUCAGCACGACGACGUGCACAGUGUCAACUUGCUGGGUGUUAUCAAUCACACUGCACACAGUAAUCAUCUGCGAACAGCGUGCAGUAGUCAAGUUUGUUGUUAAACAAAAGCGCAACGCGUGUUUUGGGUUGCAGCCGUAGCCGAGUUGUGUGUGCGGCGCGACUUCGAGUGUGUGCUACGGGCGGACAUUGUUCAGUGCUCAGUGUGUUCAUGCUGCUGCGGGUUUUAGAAAGUGUUUUCGACACGCGUUUUUCUUACUCCAGAUUUCUUCCGGCGCAUAGAAAUGAAAAGAUGAGCGUGCCACAGUCGCUCGAAGAGUCAGUUGCGCACCCACGUCGGAAAAGCGUGCGCAGUGCGUAAGAAAGUAACGUCUGCUCACUGAUCAAAGCGCGCCGGCGGAAGCCGGAGACAUUCGUAUUCGCAUCGUCGCCGAAGACCACGGAAAGGAAACUAGUAAAACGCGCGUGGGAGCGAGACCGAGAGAUGUCACGAAGAAUUUUGGGACGAGCGCAGCACGGUGACAAGACCGCGCGCUAAUGCCAACCCUUUACGGUGGAUGCGGAUAGCAGCGCGCUGAGGAUGGCCGCCGCCACCACCGCCGACGCUUCCAUCGGUGAGUCGCAUGCCGACAUCGAACGGCACAAGAGCGACCUGUACACGCGGCCCGGCUGGUGCGAUGCCGCCGUCGCCCUACAACAAAUCGAACAGGGUAAGGCAACUGGAGAUCGUGGAAUAUUAUGGCUGCGAGCGCGAGCACAGCGGCAGUUGUAUGCGCUGGGGCGCUUCCUGGACGCGCACGCUGGAAAGGUGCUCUUCGUGGCGUUGCUGGUGAUCGCGACGUUCUGCGUGGGUUUGAAGAGCUCCACGUUCCACUCGAACAUCGAACAGCUGUGGGCGGAGCCGGUGGUCGUUGAGGAUGCGACGGCGCCGACGUUUUCCGCGCCGCCACCAUCGUCGGAGGUGUUGUCCACGCACCAGAUGGUUGUGCAGACGGCGCUGGAUCCGGACGCUAGUCUUUUACACCCGAAUGGGCUGCUGGAGCAUCUUGGGAUGAUCAAACGCGCCGCGCAGGUUACGGUCACCAUGUUUGAUAUCACCUGGCGGCUUACGGACAUCUGCCAGAAGGCGAGCGCGCCCAACUUUGAUAUGCACUAUAUUGAUCAGAUUGUUGAAAGUGUCCUGCCCUGUUCGUUUGUUACACCGCUUGAUUGCUUCUGGGAGGGUUCGAAAUUACUUGGGCCUGCUUACCCUGUUCAUAUACCAUUUGGUGUAGGCGAUAAAGUAAAAUGGACGAACCUAAAUCCCCAGCAGUUAAUGCUGGAAAUCAAAGAAAAGAAAGUUAAUUUCGACUAUCAAAUCCUGGAGGACUUCUUCCGGCGGUCGGGGAUCUCCGCAGGAUACCAGGAGAAGCCAUGUUUGAAUCCGAAAGACCCCGAAUGCCCGUCGACGGCACCCAACCGCAAUUCUAGUCAGCUCGUCGACAUCGGCGCCGAACUCACCAGCGGCUGUUACGGCUUCGCUGCGAAAUACAUGCACUGGCCGGAGGACCUCAUCGUCGGCGGCGCGGUCAAAAACAAAACCGGGCACAUCAAACAAGCGAAAGCCUUACAAACCGUUGUACAACUUAUGGGCGAGCAUGAACUCUACGACUUUUAUUCCGAGACUUAUAAGGUGCACCAUAUUGGUUGGACGCAGGAUAAAGCCGCGACAGUAUUACGCGGUUGGCAGAAACGCUUCGCGCAGGAAGUCGAACAUCUCACCAAGAGUAAUUCAUCGGGGUCGUAUUCGUUUAAUACAUUCUCAACGGCUACGUUGAAUAAGGGACUCGCGGAGCAUUCACAGAUUGAUUUUGUGAAACUUGGUGCCGUUUUGGCAGUAGCUGCGUUUUACGCGUGGAUUGUCCACUCUGGUCUGGCGGCCAUGUGUGUGAUGAUUCUUGCUUGCGGCGCGGCGGCCGGUUUGGGUUUCUGUAGUCUGCUGGGCUUACCGAUGAAUCUACUGACGACGCACGUGUUGCCUUUUCUUAGUGUGGGGUUGUCAUUAAGGGACAUGUUUUCUUUGCUGGCGACACACAAUAAGAAACUGGCACCGCCGGAGUUGUUGCAAAGGACUGGGCCGACGAUUCUCAUCGGUGGGAUGUGCCAGGGUGUUGUUUUCUUGAUUGCUGCGAGUAUUCCCUUUCCGGCGUUGAGGAUAUUUUGCCUGCAAAGCGCGGUGCUGACUGUUUUUCACUACGCGACGAUUUUGUUUGUCAUGCCGACACUGAUUGCGCUGCACAUGCGGUGCAAAAAGGCAGCGGUUCCAUGCUUCAGACAUGAUACAAAAGGGUUGUCUAUGAAUAACAACAAUGAAAGGGACCAUGAAGCGAAUCUUCUAACUUCGGAAUUCAUCUGCCAUCAAAAACGUAGUUUGUUAACGUGGUUAGUUAACAAAUAUUUGACAUUCUUCAUCUUCAAACCAGCGAUACGCGUGUUUCUUAUCAUCAUCUACGCAGGCCUCAUUGUUUUCUGCGUAUUGGAAGGUCUCAAAGUGGAAUUCGAUGUAAAAUUAUCAAGUUUUCUACCACGUAACACGCAAGAAUAUCGCUACCUGGAAGCACAAAACAAACACUUUGGAUUUUACAACUUCUACCUCGUCACCACCGAAUUCGAAUACCCAUUAAAUCAACCCUUAAUGUAUGAAUAUCACGCAUCUCUAGCUCAAGUCCCAAAUGUCUUGAAAGACUCCAAUGGUGGCUUGAACAACAACGAUUUCUGGCUCGCGAAUUUCCGCGAUUAUCUCGCUGAUCUCCAAACGGAAUUCGAUCUUAAUCGAGAGCGACAUUGUUUAACCAGCGAGAAAUGGUUCGCAAACGCAACGGAGAAAGCGGUAUUAGCGUUUAAAUUACUUGCGCAGACCGGCAUCGUCGAAUUUCCCGUGGAUAAGAGUCAGAUAUUCAAUAAGAAGUUAGUUGCGGGUAAAAUUAUUGACCCCAACGCUUUCUACAACUAUUUAUCCGUGUGGAACUCCAAUGAUGAGAUUUCGUACUCCAGUUCACAGGCGAAUCUGACGCCGAAACCUUUGCAGUAUUACAGCUCAAAGACUGAGUUUGAUUUGAAGAUUCCCAAGUCACAACCGCUGAAAUACACGCAGAUGCCGUUUUAUUUGAAGAAUCUCAGGACGACAAACAAGAUUAUUGAAACUUUACGCAAAAUUCUUGCUAUUUCGGAUGAAUUCAACUCGAAGGGACUGAAAAAUUACCCGGUUGGAUUGAUUUUCGCGUAUUUCAACCAGUUCUUGUUAUUGGAUAGAUUACUGGUUGUGCAGUUAGUCGUCACAGUAUUAGCUGUGGUGUUGUGUAUCAGCGCGUUGAUCCACUGGAGCAAAUUACUUUGUUUGAUUGCAAGUCUUUUGUUCAGUGUAUUAGUAUUAUGCUUUUUGAGCAUCAACGGUUUGACUGGCACUGUUGGCGCGUUGCAUUUCAUCGUCGUGGCUCGUAAUGUCAUGCUGAUCAUGUACGGCUUUCAAACUGCGAUGGGCAGCCGCGAAAGACGUCUGCGCAUGGCGAUUGAAAUGCACGUGGAGACCCUACUUAAAGGUGAUGUGGGGUUGUUACUCUGCGUGGCUGUAAUGGCGUUGUCUAACUUCGAAUUCAUCCGGUGUCAUAUGUGCCACACGCUUUUUGUAUCAACUGGAGCGUCCAUGGUUAAUGUAAUGGUAUUUUUCCCGACUUUACUGUCGAUUCUGGGCCCGCGUGGAGAAUUACAACAUUUAGAACAUUUGGAGCGAAUAUCCACACCUCCGCCCAAGAUGGCGGCGACGCAAUCUCGACAGAGCUACUCCAAGCAAUCAUCGCGCAGAUCCGCGCCUACGAAAGCUACAAGAGAGCCUAGUUUAACGACAAUCACCGAAGAAAGUUGCAAUCAAAGUAUUGUAGUCGAACCGCAGGUGACAGUAGAAUAUUCAUCACCUGAAUCGAGUUCAAGUGGACAUGGUGGUCCUUACACCACCAAAGUAACAGCCACAGCUAAUAUUAAGGUGGAGCUGAUUGCGCCUGUGUAUCGCAGCAGUAAGUGCAAACCGCAUCGCUCUUCGUCAUCGAGCAGUAAACAUAGUUGUUCGGGUAGCUCAUGCAAAAGACAUUCGUGUAGGUGCUGCAAGAACGAGAAGGAAAACACUGACAGUGACAGUAGUGCAAGUGCUGAAAACGCAGAUUGCGCCGGCGAUCAAUGUACAAACUCGCGUAGCUAACAAAAAUGUAAAACAAUUUCUCCGGACUGAAUACACGUUGUUUAUUUUUUUGUUUUCGCUAAUCGACUGAAGUUGUUUCGACUGUAUUAAUCUUUAUAUCUCUUGUGUAGAGUUGCUGGAAAUUAUUGAGCAGAGAGCAAAAAUAUUUUAUGAAAAUUGUACUGUAUUAUAGAGCGCUAAUUUAGUAUUCAUAAUUCUCUUGUAUCAUAAACCUGUGUAUAUUGCAUAUAUGUAUACCAUUCAUUUAUUUAUUCGACGAAAAAGACAGACAUUUGUAAGAUAUCGCAUCAUCGACGAGAGUGAUGAGAAAGAGCACGUUUAUUCAUAGUUCUUAUUUAUGAAAUCGUAAUUUCUAAGUAAUAAUUCGAUCACCAUUUUUUUAAAUAAAUAUUAAUUCAUA